AUGCGCUCCUUCUUCUCCAAGCGCAAUGCCGGCACCCAGUCACGCAAGCGCAAGCAGGUCGAGAACGAUGUCUCUGCCGACGGAGUCCCAAUGGUCUUCAAAGGUGACGAAAGUCUCGUUCAGCUACACGCGGAGACAGCUGAGCUGCUGCGCCUCGUCAAGACGCAACCAAAGUCGUCGAAGAAGAGCUCCAAGCUCAACACCAGCGCCGGGGACAAAACUCGGUUAACCAUCGAAGUACUGGACGACAGCGAAGACGAUGAACAAGAGUCUCAAACUGACACCAAAGCUGCUGACAGUCAAGCUGCCAAGUCGCCCCAUCAAGAGUGGGUAGAGCCACCUGCACCCGUUGAUCCAUCGGCGUUUGACGCGGAAGAGACUCGAAUUCGACAGGGCAAAGACACUUUCUACCCGGACAUAAGGCCGUCGAAACACGGGGUCGAGUGGCAGAAGAACGCCUUCCAACGAGAGCAGAAUCGCCAGGAGGACAUCCACAACAGCGAGCGUUCGAGGGCCGAGCAAGCGAUUCGCAAGAAGCAGCGGAAACGUGAGCAAACUCUGGAGAAUCGACUCGAGACCAGCGCCACCUUGAUCCAAGCGCAUUCCAGGGGGUUCUUGUGUCGUCGACGAAGGUGGGAAGAAAAGCAAGCUGCUGCUACUGCCACAACAGCUGCUACCGUCCCAGCAGAUGAGGUUGAGACUGACCGUCCAGUUGAUCAGUGGCACGAAGUGCGCGACGUCGAGCGUGGAGAGGUCUGGUACUAUAACGCCACCACGGGAGUGAGUCAAUGGGAACCUCCGGCAACUUUCACUCCAGCUGCUACACCACGAAGUCGCUCACUUCCAGAACUCCCAGCCUUAAACACGAGCGGCAGUGUGAAGACAGCGACGUCACGGACAAACCAGCAGCGGUCUUCGUCGACAAUAGAAUCACUGCCGCCUCUAUCACCUGCGUCUUCCUCAGCUCGCUCAACGUCCAGUUAUCAGCAGGAGCAGCAACACCAGCAAUCAGGUGCUCACCGGUCAAGUGAAGCAAGCAUGAACAGGAAAUCCAUCCGGUCACCGCGAAGCCUGCCGUCACUGCAACCUGAGGGCAUCACGUCGUCGCCGAAUCCAUGGGAGUGUGACUCGGUGCUCCCAUCGGAGCGCAGUCUUUCAACCGAUCGGACUCAAGACUCUGGUGGCUACGCGGACAGCGAGGUUGGCGACUCGUUCUUUGAGCGCCGGCAGUCACUUCCGCUUGAGCUCGAAGACUGUGGCCAGGACCGGAUCGCGCCGUUAGAAGAUGCCAACAGCGACUGGCAGACCAACGACACGCUCUUCCGCGCUGACGGCACCAAGAACAGCAAGCUGCGAGACACGAUCCGCAGCGCCUUGCACGUGUCCAAGUUCGACUCGAUCUCGUCGCUUAUCGCGUCCAACGUCGUUCUGCGUCGGAAAUCUGUGCCAGGGAAGGUCUCACGCAACCAGAACCCAGGUAGCCGACGCCGCGAGAUUGUGUUGGGCAAGCGCGAGGAACCGGUGUUUGUCGCUGUCCUAGCCCGUGAUCGGGACAAGCGAUCGGAGCGCUCAAGAGCCGAUGAGGGGAAUCCUGAAUCGCCCACACGGGCUUCCAGCAUCCGCAGCAAAGCUAAAACAGCGAGUCGAGCAGGGAGACCUCCACACAUCCGCGACUUGGCAGACCCUGGUUUCCACGAAGACACAUCGCGUAAAAGUCCAACGUCUAGGUCCAGGAGGAAAACAUCGCAGCAAGAGAAUGAAGACGAUGCGGAUGAUCCUGAGGCGAAAGAGGCAGCUCGGCGGGAAGCUGUCACAGUGUGUUUCAACUGUUGGAGUGCCAGCAAUGGACGUCACUGCGACUUGCAUCAAGAUCCGAGAGACUCGACGAGAAAAAUUCGCGCUACGGAGAGCGCACUCAUGUGCGCCAACUGGGAGCUGGACCAACUGCGUCGGAAGUACCGAGCGGAGGAGAUCCAGGAAAUCUUCAUGAAGCAGCGCGCUUCUCUCCGCUACGAUCGCAAGCUCAAGCAGUACGUCACAGUCAUCGAGUGUCGGCAUCCCAUCUACCGCGCUUUGGAGCAGCUCUCCUCCGCUUGGAACAAGACGAUGCGACGCAAGCUCCACACACGCUCCUGGUUCCGCUCGUUUCUCGAGCAGAUUCGAACCGAUCGCUUGCCGAGAACUCUUGGAGGAGGCAAGGAAACCAGUCGACCACCGUCGCUCUUCAAGCUGAAAAACACGCUUCAAAACGCUCGGUGGGUUUCCAAGUACUCGGAGAGCGUCUGCGAGUUCCACCCGAAAGCUCCAGUGACUUCCAAGGACCGCACCGGUCAACACCCAGUUCCUCUUCGCGAUGUCAUCAUGAUUAAUCCAGCUCGUCCGCAACUCCGUAACUGGAUCCUCGUGACAGAGUACACCAAACCGGUAGCGUUAUACAAGCCUCGAGUCUAUGAGCUACCACCUCCUCGCUGCGUGCCCAUGCCCGUACCCAGCUUCUUGGAGCGACUGCCGCUGCCUGUUUCAAACGUCCACAUUGAUGCUGGCCACAGCGCGAGUUGGCUCGAGAGACUAUCAGCACGUAUGGCCAUCUCGGCCGUGCAGAAGGCAGCGCUGCAGAUCGGAGCGUGCAGCCCACCACAUGGCUCAACCGAUGCAAGGCGAACGAAACACGUUAGACCGCUCGUCGUGCUCUUCGCGACCUUCUCGCGCAAGCCGACGCCAGGCAACUUGGACGUGGGUGGACUGUCCGCUGUGCUGCUGAUCCACAUGCUGGUGACCACGUACAUCCCUGCUCAAUUCGGCAACUUCGUAGUGUUCGACCGACGCGCAGUAGCUCCAGCACCUUCACGCGAUGAGACGGCUUCAUUCGUCUGCUUGAUUGUCGACCCAACCACGCCCGAAUAUGUCUUCCGUGCGCUCGAGCACGCUCUCAACGUACGAAGACCGCCGUGCAUUGUCGUAGCCGCUCGAGUUCAUCUCGUCUCGUCCACAGACAACGAAGACACCAGACGCGAGAUGAUGCUACUGGACGCGCGGAGGUUCCCUUUGAAUCGCCCCGAGCAAACCGGUGAAGAGGAGGCCAAUGGAUUCCGGACCUAUUGGCUCAUUGAUCCAUUCGCAGUACUUGACUUCGUCCCUGGAGUGCAAGUCGCUCCGUCGAGCGGCAUCCUGGUACCAAACAUGGCGUCGCUCAACGCUACAGUGACCACGCGGGUGGAUCGAACGUACCCGUUCUGUGUGCCUACCACGCGGGAGAACACGCCAGUGGAGUUCAUUCAUCUGCUCUGGAUCGGCCAGUCAAGUCGAAACCAGCCCCAGGCCUUCACGACGCUGGGUAGACAGCAGCCAGGUGACUUUAUGAAGAACUCGAACCCCGAUGGCGCCCUUGGACUUUGCUCGAGUGUCGUCUACCGCAGCUGGGCGUACAUGCAGAACAGCCCGUACGACGAGUUUGUCACCGAGGACGGCGUGGCGUAUUGGUACGACCGUAACACCGGCGACACAUUUUGGACGCGACCUAUUCUGCCCACGGAGAAGUUUCGCGGCAAAGACGGCGAAAUCGACGGUGUUAUUACCACAGGAGAAGGUGAAAUCGCCACUCUUGGCGUCGGUCUUGGUACUGGUGCGGCAGACAGUGAUGCUGCGAAAGACGGUGGAGCUGCGAGGUACUCGCAGCAGAAUCUUCGGAAGUACAUGACCAAGAAACUCGAGGCCCCGGAAGAUAAGGAGCGCCGUGUGAAGCUUGUGACGGCCAGCGCCAAGAAGCACGACAUCGUGGUGGACCUCAUGUCUGCAUCAGUCAGCAAGGGAGAUCUCACGCGAAUUCAAGUCCCCCAACUUUACUUGAAGCGACAGCCGCAGCGAAGUAGCAUCGCCGGUAGUAGAGCGUCAUCGGCGAGUUCAACGAAGUCGCGAGUGCAGAUUGCCGGGGUGGCGACAAAUGAGACCGUAGAAUCUGAUGGAGCUGUCGUACCGCCUCUUGAUUCCACCACAAAGCAGAUGAUCGACAGCAUCACACUGGCAUUGGGCUCAGCUCUUCCGGCCGCAAAGGGUGCUAGUGUCGACAUGUUGCAGCUUGGCAUCGGUCUUGGCAUGGGCCUCGGCAUGCGCGUUCAACAGCAAAGCACCUCUCCGAUACGCCAAGGUGCACCGACCAAGUCGGAGCUGGCUCGAAAACUCCAAUCAAGCAGCAGUACUCAUGACUUCGACGAGCAGGAUGGAGAGGAUGACGAGGACGACGAAGGUGACGAACUCCCGACUUCUUCUCGAUCGCAGACCAGCUCGGUUGGUACGUCCCUGCUUUCUUCGAGGAGUGGGUACUCCGUGGCUCCGUCGGUGGAUAUCUCGCCAACUCCAGACGAUGUCGAGCUCAGCGGGGGCGGACCGCAUGUAGGGAAAAAGACUCCGGGGUAUCAGACACAUCCUCCGCCAGGAGAGGGCACGUCUUGGGUCCGAAAGCCUGUGGACACCUCUGGUGACAGCCAAACCGCAGUGGAAGGCUUCGGUGGAGCGUUGCAUCAGCGAGUUGCUUGUCUUCCGAAGGACUUCAUCGCUGCAGUAACCAGCACCAAGACUUGCAAAAUGCAGGCCAACUACUUGCCAGUCAUCAAGAACAUGAACCAGCCGAGAAGUGUCGGAAUUGUUAGGCCUCGUGGUGCACUUGAGGAAUGGCUGGUAGUCGGGUACUCGCCUUGGACAGCAGGCCGCGCGAUAUUCGGGACGCAGUUCAUCGAAGACCUCAUGCUUCGUCCAGAACUCGUCCAGACUGCCACAGAUACCGCAACACCAGCAGGUGCGGCAGCUACGAAGCCCGCGGUCGUGCAGGUGGAGAAACGCGACAACGUAUCCCAGGCAGUCAAGGAGGCAGAGCAGCUUGAUAACAUCUUCAGUCUCUGUCGCCACGGCAAAUACGACGAGGUCGAGCUGCUGCUCAAUAGUCCGGACUGGUCGACCGGCAUCGACGCGAAAGACGCCACUGGCAAUACACUGCUCUCGGUCGCGUGCCAGAACAACAACAAGCGCAUUGCGAAGCUCUGUCUGCGGCGCGGUGCCGACAUCAACACACAGAACCUGAAUGGCCAGUCGCUGUUGCACUACUGCCAUGAGUACGGAUUCCACGACCUCAUGGAGUACCUGAUGGAAAAGGGUGCCAGGGACGAUCUGCUGAAUGCCGAUGGGCUCACGUGCUACGAGGGUCUCACUCAGGAGGCUGUUGAUGCCAUCUAG